UUAGGCUCUGGUUCAUAGUUGCCUUAUAACGUGCGUCAGACCACUCUGGUGCAGGUAUUAAUACCAUCAUGUUCUUACUGCCAUCAGACGUUGUUUUCGUAGUCGUCGUUGGUUACGGAGAUCAAACGCCGGAUUUUCAUCUUCGCGUACUAGCAGCACAUCUUCCGAUCCGAAGGGAUGAUUUUCCAUCGUUACCCCGGAACCAUCUGCUGGUUUGUUAACGCACCUUUCAUCCACUACGUGAUCCGAACGAGGUGGUGAAGAUUACCGGACGGUAUCACGUCAACGUGCGGCUUGGGUUUUCCCCCUUCUUCGAGGGGUGGCCGAUAAUAUUGUAAAUUACCAGUAAACGUCCCCAAUCUGGGUAUUUACAUAUUACGGGGUGUUUGUGUGACAGUAUAUUUUAAUUUUUGUUAUGUUUGUUGUUAUAUGGCGGUUUAGUGACAAACGUGAUUUUUUUUUUCAUUUUGUGUUCCUAUUGGUACCUAUAACAGUGAGUGAUUUUGUAACGCGGGGAAAGAAUUAGGUAAAAAAGGGAAGAAAGAGAAUUAAAAACAGUAUUCUCUGUGAGACCUGUGAUUUGUCUUUUACUGCCUUACACCUGCACCCAGUUUCUGGAUACGGUUGCAGUCGACCUACCCUACAAAAUAGCAAAGGAUGGGAUAUUACCCUGGCGACCGAAAAAUCGGUCAACGGUUACAUGUUUUACAUGUGGGUCAAUCUCUUUGAUAACACUUUCUCUACCAGGAAGAGAGGCCCCGGCCAGAGGGAAUGUGUAACAUCUUUGAUAUCAGAACAAGAUAAUAAAUUCUGUUGUCUAAGAACUCUACCAGGAAGUGAUACUAGGCUAUUCAAUAUGAGACACCUAAGUUGCCAAUUCACGCACAGGACCGGCUUCGGAUUGUUAAUUAUUAUAAUUUUUUGCUUUUAACUACGCUGCGAUUGUUGUUGCAGCUAGUUGACACCUUCAAAGCUCUGAACUUAUUUCUGUAACACCCUGUAUUUGAUAUAGGGAGAAGAUCACCUAAAUGGUUAGGUAUUAUUACUUUGUCAGAUUGUUCGCCCGAGCGAAGCUGAUAUUAAAGAUUGUCAAAUACGAAAGACUUCUCCUAGACUUGGACUGAGCUUAAGACGAUCAAAAGAAAGAACGAAACAAAAAAAUAAUAAAAAACGGAAGAGAAAAAUCGAGACGAUGUGCUGGCCUACGUAACCGGAACAGCGAAAUUCCGUAAACGAGGGCCAUUGAAGGGGCAGCGUCAUUGGCCUGACCCCUCCAACCCAUUUCCUACGCCUGCACUGGCUACUAUGCGAAUAGCACAUCUUCUACGCAUACACGUCGCGGUACUCGUUUUGGCCGCUGUGUCGACUUUGGCGUACUCCUUUGAAUCUUUGAACCAAACCCUACUGGCACGCACGAAAAGAAGUUCUCAUCUCGCCCCCCAGUGGAUUGAAGAAUAUCUCUAUACCCACAACCAGUCCCUAAAGGAUCCCGGAAAAUAUUUAAGCCCCCGUGAUAACCAAGUGCUUCUAAGGCACGAAACAAAGAAUCGUUCUGGCGUGGAUUGUUGUCCUUCGGUCCAGGAAAUGGUGGAACCGGAGGGCGGUAUGAACCAGGACGACCAGUAUGUGGAGCUGUAUCGUGACGGUAACAAUCGUCAACGUUUCUACGAAUUGUCCUGUCACAAGGACAUCGAGGGGAAGCCCUGCCGUUUUAUGGACCGCAGACUUCACAACCAAUCGCGAUGCGUACAGAAGUACAGUUACACGUACGCUCUUGUCAAGGAUCCGGGAGGCGGAAACAGAGGCCAACAUUCCCAUCAACGCCCUAGUCCUUUUCCCUCGUUUCCUUCAGCGGAACCCGGCGGGCCCACGUGGACUCUCGAUUAUAUCCGCGUUCGUAGCGGUUGUAGUUGCAUAGUGACGCCGAAUUUGAAGAGGAAAAAGAAUCAAAAAUCGAGGAAAAGAAAUAAGCACGAACCCAGUGGUGACUAACGGGAUGGUGUAACGCUUAAUGUAAACGACGAUUUGGGAACCAUUUCGAUACAGCAAACUCAAAAGUAAAGUAGCACAAUUUUAUCUUUUUCAUUUAAUUACAAAUAUUCCUUUUUCUUCUUGACUCGAAUAUUUUAAUAAUGUUUUUAAAAUGGCGGUUUUUAAUCAUUUUUGUUUACCACCAAACUUUUUUUUGCAAAAUUCUAUUUCAUUUUUCCAUUUAAAUUCUAUUAAAUCUUCUUUUUGGUGCAAAAUGAAAAUAACUGGAAAAGAUACGGAAUUGAAGAAGUAGUACUGACUUCUAUUUUUCUACAUUCUCCUCCCUUCUAAGGGAGCCAUUUACAAUAAAUUACAUAUAUAUAUAUAAUAAUACAGAUUUGCAAGAUUAAUGAGCAUCUAGUAAGAAACGUGGUCAAUAAAUAUUCUUUUUAUACUCAAUUUUCAUUUUUUUCUUAGCUUCAAGUAUAUAAUACGAUGCAGGUGGAGCAAAUAUACGUAAGGAUGGCACAAAAAUACUAAAUAUCGAAACUCUAACAUGAAAAUCUAUACAUUUUUUUUUUUUAUUUAAGAACGCUGUCAGAAACUCGGUAAGAUUGAACAGUUGAUUGGUAAUGAAUUUUAAAAUCUGGAAAAACAGUUUAAAAUCGAUGUUUUUUUAAUUUUUUAUCGUUAAAAUAAUCAGCCCCGCAAAUGUUCAAUAUUAUAUGGAUUGGAAAUGAAAAAAACAAUAUGACGUAAUAUUAGUAUUUGAAGAUUGAUCCGAGACAUUAAAAAUUAAAAACUAAAAAUUUACAGGAAGUUUCAGGAAAAUUCAUGAUUUUAAAAGGCUAAUUAAUUUUUUAUGCGUAAAAAUGUUUUUAUGAAAUAAAAAUACCUGAUGUUUGUUUUUUCAAUUUUUAAAAUUCAUAAGCGACCUGUAAACAUUUAAACGUGCUGUUUUUUUUUUUAAUAAACUAAUACAUUUUCAUGUGAAAACAUUAAAUAAAUUGCCGAAUUCUUUGCGCCAUCCUGGUAUACAUACUUGAAGGAUCACAUUUAAAAAUUAGCAAAUAAAAAUGAAAAUUGUUAAGUAAAUACAGGUUUUUUUGAAAACAAAAAUGAUGAUUUUGAAAACGUAUUUUUUCGAUUCUAAAUGAUAAUAGAUCUGCAAAAGAAAGGAAAUACUUAGAUAAUCCCUUUUAUUUGUGAGAACCUUAUACAAAACGUUUUAAAUUAAUUUUAAUUUGGAUGACUAAAGUUAAAAGAAAAAAGGAAUAAAAGUUUGCCUGUUUUGUAAUGCGUAAACCCAUUUCGUCUUCCGCGGAAAAAAAUGUAUAUUGUGAUGAUACCAAAGGAGUUCGUUUUUUAAUGACUAUUUUGUUGCCAUAUUUUUUUAUUCAAAACUUUUAUUUAUUUAUUCCAAUGACUGUGCGCGAGUGGUGUGAAAUUCUACUAUUGUGACUACUUAGCGUAUUAAAAAGAAAACAAAUGUACUUAUUAUGUUGUAUGUCCCUCCAAAGUACACUCCGUAAAUAAACUCAAAAAAAUGAAUAGGGCAAAAAGAGGUGAUUGCAGGGUCAACAGGUUGCUCGUUAUAGGUAAUAGCCUCUACAUGCAUAUCAGCCUCCAGUGUCCGGUGGAGCUCCGCCCACCAUUACCCUCGUCCUCAGGGGGUAAACUAAAAAAAACUAACAACUCAACGUGAAAUUAUUUAAUGACUGUUUAUAAUGAAGAAAAUUUAAAAAAAAUGUAAUUGCAGUUUUCUUUAUUAUA